AUGGCAUCCUGGUGGGCACUGGCCAAUGGCAUCUCUCUAAGUUUGGUAAUACAGAACAGCUGGCCAGGUGUAUUGCUUGAGUAUUGCGCCUUUCCCCUCCGUGAGGCAAAAACGUGUGCUGCAUCUCCCAUGCGAGUUCACGAACCUGUGUUGUUGAGUAAACUGAUGCUGGAGAUGCUGUCAGGGAAGAAGUGGAACAACUGUGGCCUCCUGCUCUUAUUAAUUCUCUGCCUAUGCUGUACUAGCACUUCUGACUCCAAGGCAUUCACUGCGGUCUGGUUGAGCAGAAAUGCAAGCACACUUUCUAAUCUAAAUUUGGAUGUGAACAAAAUCUUCAUUGUGGGUGCAGAUGGUUCUGUGGGACAAAUGAGCAAAGAGCAUUGCAAUCCAAUCAAAGAUUCCUGCAGUCCAGCAAGUGGGUCAUGUGUCUCCUGUCCUCCUCCUACUUGUCCACAAUGUGGAUCAGAAUGUGAAAAAUCAUUUAAUAUGCCAGUUGUUUUAUUUGACACAAAACAUUUCAAUUGUGCAAACAAUCCCAAAGACUUUGGUGUGUCUUUAUUAAAUAACACACAGUACGAGAUCACUAUACAAAGAAACAAAAUGCCUGAGUUUGUCUGUUUGAUUGAAGGUGAAUGCAACUGUUUCACUUUGGCAAACUGGAUUAAUACAGCGUGUAAUAUCACCUGCCUGGAUCCCUCAAAGACAUGCAAGAAUGCAGACUACAAUGAAAACAAUGAAAGUUGUGAUAAGAAAUAUAUUAUCAAAUUCGAAACAAAUGGAUCUGCUUCUUGUUCAAAGUAUAAACGUCCUACAAUAUAUAUUCCAUCCAUUUCCGUACCAUUGCAGAUGAUAAGUACAUUUGAUAAAACAAACAUAAGUCCUGAGGAUGCUGUUGGGUUAAUGAAAAACCUCUCCACCCUGCUGCCCCUGAUGAAUAAUGAGAAUGUAACAGCUGUCCCCAUAGGCAAAGUUCAGGGCGUUUUAAAGAAGACUGAGAAGCAGGCUGAUGUCGAAACAGCUCUAUUCGUCUACUCUGCAGAAACCAAUUUCACUGUCAUAAAUGAUUUGGACUUACUGAAAGAGUAUGACAGUGCUUUUAUUAUUCCACAAGAAGCCAUUAUGCAAGCAUUCAAUCAGACUGCAGAAAAAACUUCCCUGGGUGUGUUCCGAUUUCCCAACAUGAUAAAGGAUGAAAACAGCAGCAAUGUUUUAAAUAAUGAAGUUUUCGCAAUCGAAAUGGGGACCAUAAUUUCUAAUCUAAACGAGAGUGUAAUUUUAAUCUUCACAAAUGAACAGACAGAGGGUACUCCUGUUUGUCAUGCAUGGGAUGGAAGCGGAAAUAAGCCUAACUGGACAACUGAUGGGUGUAAUACUACUGUUGAAGGAAAUAAGAUCACUUGUUCAUGUGAUCACUUGACUUUCUUCGCUGUGCUUAUGGCUCCUCCAGAUAUAGCCAUUUCUCAGCAAGAUCUCAUCAACCUCACAUACAUCACCUACAUCGGCUGUGGCCUUUCGAUGUUCUUCCUGGGCAUCGGCCUCUUCAUGCACUUCUUAUUGAGGAGAGCAAAAGCCAAUAACUCAGUCUGCGUGUUGAUGAAUCUCUUUAUGGCACUGUUCCUGCUUAAUGCGGCCUUCCUGUCCAAUGAGUACGUAGCACGUGCAAAGAACGGCACCGCCUGCCAGGUCAUGGCUGCAUUCAUGCAUUACUGCCUGCUGGCCACUUUUACCUGGUUUGGUGUGGAGGCUUUUCACCUCUGCAUGCAAAUGUCCAAAUACUCAGUCACCAUCAAACAUUACAUCAUCAAGAUUACUGUGGUUGGAUGGGUUCCACCUGCUCUAAUAGUGACCAUCAUUUUAAUCUUGAAGAAAUAUGGUAUGGUGACCAUACAGACGGACACAAGCAAUAACGCAACCAUGUGCUGGAUUGUAGACUCCACUGUCCACUACGUCGUGAACAUUGGUUACUACUGCCUCAUCUUCAUCUUCACCUUCAGCACAUUCGUUGUGGUGCUACGGUGGCUCUCCAUGCUGAGGGUGAAAAAGUGGAACAAGACUGAAAAAGUGAAGCGCUCAGGAACGGCAAACUUUGACAUCACCACCAUAAUGGGGCUCUGCUGUCUGCUGGGACUCAGCUGGAGCUUCACGUUCUUCAGCUACGGAGAUCUGCGUGUGCCCUCGUACUACAUCUCCUCCAUUCUGAACUCCUUCCAAGGAUUCUUCUUGUUCAUAUAUUACCUGAAAACAAGUAGCCUCAUUGGAGAAGCAGCACCUACAGAAAGUAGCAGCAUGACUGAAGAGACCAAAACAGAUAAUCCAUAUGAAAACCAAGCGUAAAUAAUCAUCACAAAGUCCUGUGACAAAUAAGACACCUUCAUAUCUGCAAAUUUGAAAUGUCAUAUCUGUCUAUAGAUUUAUACUAUAGAAAUUCACUUGUAUUAUUACUUUGAGCCAAUAUUCAGGUCAAGUCAUUUUUAUUUGUUUAGCACUUUCAUAAUACGCAUUGUUUCAAAGGAGCUUUACAGAAGGUUAUGCCUUAAUGUUUUAAUGCCCCAUUGAACAACUUUAUAAAUAUUAUGCCUGUAUGUCUUUAAUAUCUUUAAGCAAUGCAAAUCAUUUCUAUUAUAUAUGUAAUUAUCUCUGACCUUAGGAUGAUUAGCAAGUGCUGGAUAACAGGGUUGGGCAAAAUUCUGUAUUUAAGGCUUAUUUAAGUUUACAAGUUGGAAUUUGAAUUGAUAUAUGUUAUAUGGACUAUAUGAUAAUAAAAGACAAAUUAUGUAAUAUCGAUUUAAAACAUUUAUUUGUAAUAACAUCUCAAGCUUCUGGAAAUACUCCAUAUGUUGUGUGUAUGAUAACAUGUUAACAAUUGUGCAUCCUGUUUCAAGUUCAGUAAAAUUUUACUAAUUGAAUUGCUAUUUAAAAGGAAUUUGCAAUUAUUAAUUAAACGAUUAUCCCAGGGUGUGUGAUAGCAUAUUAGAAUCUACUCUUGUGUAGUAAAGGCCUGUAUAUUUUAUGUUCUUGUCUGCAGUUAAACAGUGUGUAGAUGGCUGCUUCAUGUUUAACCAAUUUAACUGAUCAUAUGACUGUGCUACUGAUGUAUAUUUCCUGCACAUUGUUAUUUUAUGUAUAUUUUAUUCUUUACAUUGUAAAUUUUUACUACUGCAACACAACAAUUCCCCCAAUUAAAUAAUGGCUAUUCUUCUAUAAUAACUAGAACUUUGUCUAAGUUAAAUAAUGUGAUCUUUUGAUCAGCUUGCCUUGAUAAUUAUCUGAUUUAUCUUCUAUCUUUUACAUUAGAUCGAGUCAGUGUGGAGC